CUUCCGCCCAAGUUGUGGCGCCAGAUUCAGAUUAAACUCGGAGUUGGCGGGAGAUCCGUCGGAUUUAAAUAUUAUUAGCUUCUUUUUUUUAUUUAAAGCUUGUAUCUCACUUAGUCAGUACGUUGACGGACAGGUUAAACAUGGAGGAUUUCACUAUUUAUGCGGUUUUUGGAGCAGACACACCGCCGCAACGGAUUGCAAGUCUUCAAGGACCUGUAGGCAGAUAUUCAAUAAAGCCAUGUGUCCAGCAGAUUGUACUCUUUACUAGAGGAACGUGGGAAAAGUGCAGUAGUGUUUCAGUCGAGCUCAAUGAUGAGAAGGACGAGCUUAUCACCCUGGGCAGAUUAACACCAUUCAACAAAUGUGUUUCUUGGGAGUUAGGAGAAGAUGGUGUAUGGAGUGAUGGAGCGACAUUGAGUGUUCAUAUCAAGGGGAUUAAAAGUGACGUGCUUGACCCAGUACUUAGCAUUGCGCAAAAGGAAUACACUCCAGAUUGCAACACCACAAAUGUGGUCCCUCGAGCAGGACAUGGGAAGAGGAAACGUUCACAAGGAGAGGAAGAAGAAAGAGUGGACACGAGAGGCCAAGAGAAUAUUUGCCCAAAUUCCUCAGAAAAGGUAACCCCACAACGACGAGGCAAGAGCAGCGCCCGCACAGGACAAACACGACUGUUCCAGCAAAAAGAGGAGCAGAGCAUCAGCCGUACUCCUCCAAACCCUAAAGCUAACGGAAACCAACAAACUAAAACCCCCACCCACAAUGGUGCUCCAUCAGGCCGGUGGGGUCAGACCCUCUGUCCAAUUGACCCUCAGACAGCUAUACUUAUUGGAGGACAAGGUGCCCGAAUGCAGUUCUGCAAGGAUCCCAUUUGGAAGCUGUGUACAGAGGACUUGUCAUGGGUCCCUGCUGAAACUCUGGCAGAGGGACCCACACCAGAGGCUCGGAUUGGCCACACGGCGACUUAUGACCCUGAUUCCAAGAGGAUCUUUGUGUUUGGCGGUUCCAAACAUAAGAAAUGGUUCAAUGAUGUCCAUAUUUUAGAUACACAGAGCUGGCGCUGGACCAUGGUGGAGGCACAAGGUAAAGUUCCUCCUCUGGCCUAUCACAGCUGCACUCUGUUCAGAGGAGAGCUUUUCGUGUUUGGGGGUGUGUUCCCACGUCCCCACCCUGAGCCUGAUGGCUGCAGUGACUCCCUCUACAUUUUCAACCCUGAAAUGGCCAUCUGGUAUCAGCCCAUUGUUAAUGGAGAUAAGCCUGCUCCACGUUCUGGGCAUUCAGCUUGUGUGAUGCAGGGGAAGAUCUUUAUUUUUGGUGGCUGGGACAUGCCGGUCUGUUUCAAUGACAUGUUCAUGCUUGAUCUGUGCCUUAUGGAGUUUUCAGCUGUGCAGACGAGUGGAUCAGUACCAUCACCAAGGAGUUGGCAUGGCUGUGCUGUUCUGUCUGAGUCACAUUUCUUGGUCCAUGGAGGCUACAAUGGAAACGAUGCUUUGAGUGACACAUUUAUAUUCAACACAGACACAAAUUGCUGGACAUCUUUGGCAUGUAGUCAGCUGACCUCAACACCUAGAGCUGGACACUCUAUCAUCACCAUGGCAACUGCAUGUGUGAAGGGUUCCUCUGAUGAUCAAGAGCAGGUUUCUGAAUCUCAAACAUUGCUCAUAUUUGGAGGAGGGGACAAUGAAGGCAGCUUCUUCUCUGACCUUAUCACUGUGCCAGUAAAGGAGCUGUGUGAAUGAUACUUAAAGCUUUGGUGAAAGGACUGUGAUUAAAUGGAUGUAUUUGUUUUUCUUAAGCUUUAAAGGUUUUAUGUAAUGCUUCUGUUUCAGAAUUAUAAUGUCUUUAAAUGGAAAUUAGUCCUGAGUCAUAUGCCUACUUGGCUUAUAAUAAUAAUAAUAAUAAUAAUAAUAAUAAUAAUAAUAAUAAAAGAAGGCUUCAA